AUGGCAAAUAAAGUAAAUAAAGUUCCACCCGACGGUGGAUAUGGAUGGGUGGUUACAUUCGCAUAUGCACUCAACAAUGUUGUAGUUCUUCCUCUUAUUGCUGGUUUUGGACUGGUAUUUCAAGAAGCUUUUGAGGAAACAGGCCUAACUGCAACACAGGGUACACUAGUUAUUACCCUAAAUCAUGGUUUUGGAAUGCUUCUUUCAUUUUUCGGCGGUCCAACUCUUCGAAGAUGGGGAUACAGAAAAGUGGCAGUAUUUGGAGCAUUAAUGAUUUCAUCAGGACUCAUUCUCACCUCGGCUGCCUCUAAUUUUUGGAUAUUCAUAAUAUCAUACAGUAUUAUUAAUUCAAUGGGUGUAGCUGCAGUGAUGGCAGCUUUUACGUUGGCAAUUAACUCAUAUUUCAAAGAUAAAAGAGGAAGAGCAAUAGGAGUUGGAAUGUCUAUCACAGGCUUAGGAACAAUUUUCAUGCCAAUGGUAAUGAGUGCACUAAUGUAUUCAUAUGGUUGGCGAUAUGCAGUACUUAUUUUGGGAGCAAUUUGUCUUCAUUCUCUUUCAGCAGCAUUCUUAUUAAGACCUGUGAAAUGGUAUUUAAAGGAUCCGCCAGUGUUAGAGGAAAUGCUACCAUUAAAUAAAGAGCAUAGGGUGGAAUUAAUAACUACCUCUUUCAAACAGACAGUUCCAGAUGUUGAUUCCUUGCGAAAGCUGGGUGAGCCAGUAGAAAACGACGUGCAGUAUCCAAAAAGUCUAUCUAUGAGAUCUUUAAGAAACACAACUAGCAUACAAACAAGGAAUGCAAUCUCCCAUCCAGAUAUAAGUAAGAAAUCACCUGAUCCUCCCCUUUCGGAGGCUCGAUAUAAAUGGUGGGAAUCUCAAGAAAUUAAUUUGGGAAGUUCUAUUAAUAUCUUUCAUGAAGAAGAUACUAUAAAACGAAUAAAAGCUAAGCAAAAUGAUGUUUCGGAUGUAACCAUCGAAAAGAAUAUGAAGUCGAAGACUUUGUUCGGCAGAUUUAUUGACUUUUUCGAUUUAACAUUGUUAAGUGAUCCAAUAUUUGUCAAUAUUUUAUUUGGUCUUUCAAUGGCGUCAUGUGUAGAAACUAACUUUUCAUUAUUGUUGCCAAUUAUUCUUAAGGACCUAUUGAAGUUCGAAACUGGAGAUAUAGCGAAGAUAAUGGCUGUUAUUGGAUUUUCGGAUACAUUGUUUCGAUUUGUAUCACCGUUUAUAGGAGAAUGGUGUCACAAGCCUCCAAGAGUGAUGUACUUGGUUAGCUUGAUUGUGAUCAUCAUUAUUAGAAGCUUAAUGCUCUUUACAACUUCGUUCACGGGAAUGCUGUUCGUGGCGAUAGCAAUCGGCAUCACGAAAGGCGUUAGAACUGUCUAUAUGAAUAUUGUCAUACCAAGCUACGUGCCUUUGGAACGGCUGCCUUUCGCCUCAGGCAUACAGAUGUUCUUCAACGGCAUCGUUAUUAUCACUCUUGGUUCACUACUAGGUCGUAUUCGGGAAGCAUCCGGUACCUACAGGAUACCUAUAAUUGUGUUAAAUUUUGUUACAUUCGCCACUGUUAUGUUAUGGAGCAUUGAAUUUCUUUACUUCAAACUAAAGAAGAAAAACUCAGAAGAAACUAUUGAUGCAUGA